AUGGACAGGACUCUGCUGAACAAGUUGACUUGCUCCGGGGAGGAAAUGCCGGCAGGCUAUCUCUACACCGAGCUCCUAGCCUGUACAAACAACCUUUUUCUGCCGGGGGGUGUCGGGCCUGCGGGCGGCGCCCAUUCCCAGUUUCGCCUAGGCCGCGCGGCGGCGGGCAUUGCGCCUGAAGACACGGUCGUGGAGAUCCUCGACUACGUCACGCGCAAGCUGGAGCGAAGCGACAGCGACCCCUUCGUAAAGACAAAGUGUCUGCGGCUGCUGAAGCACCUCUGUGAGCGUGGUCACGAGCGCAUCCGCAGCGUCAUCCAGCGGCGCUACAUCCACCGUAUCAAGAACUGUCAAACGUACAGAGGCCCGCCGCACCCGCUGCAGGGCGACGCGCCGAGCGCGGCUGUGCGCGCGGAGGCGGAGGCUUGCCUGCGGUGCCUGUACGCGCACGAGAACGGCGGCGGCGGAGCGGGGACGCCAGUAGUCUCCAUUGGGGCGACGGGUCGGAUCGAGGGCUUCGGCCCGGGGGCGCUGCGGGCCUCCUCCGGCGGCUUCGGGCCUGAGCGGGGCGCGCCGGUGAUCGGCGGCGGCGAGGGCGCGCUCGCAGGCGGCGGCGAGGGCGGGCGGGGCGGCGGCACGGAGUACUGUGGCGCCUCGUGGUCGUCUGGGGUUCCGUCGCACAUGGCGGGCUUCGGAAAUCCGCGAUUCUGCCACGAGCGACAGCCCUCCCGCGGCGAGCAGGCCCUCCAGCUGAUCUCGGCGACCGCGAGCAAAAUCCUUCCGACGGCCGUUCAGGAACAACUCCAGCGCGUCGUCGCCGGCACCCGCCCCACAGGCCCUGCCCUCGAGACCAGAAAGCGGCAGCUUCCCCCCGCCGUCGUUCGGGCGCGACCCCUCAAGUUGGAGAGAUGGCGGCGACUGCCGGUGGCGCGGGAGUGGGGCGUGGGCGUCUUCCUCGUUUUCCCCCUCUCCGCCGGGCUACGCAACGGUCCCGGAGGACUUCUCGCGCGGUGGGGUGUCCUCUUUCUACGGCUCGUCUGCGAGCCGGAGGCGUGGGGACAGCCCGCAGGGCCAGUACUGUCGCCCGACCUUGGGGGCGCGUCGUCGCCGGCGUCUGCGUCCUCUUUUUCCUCCUCCUCCUCCUCAGCGGGCGCGCUCACGUUUGCGUCUGCGAGCGCGGUGAAGGACUCCGCGAAGAACGGGUCUGCGGUCUCGACUUUGCUCCAGUCGGGCGAGUACGAAAACCGAGUGGUAGAGGAGCUGCUGAUUCCGUGCGGCGCGAAGCUGACGCCGUCGGCGGCGACGCUAAGUGAUUUUGUAAGCAAAUGCGAGCCGCUCGACGCCUGCGUCCUGGGCUGCGUGAUUCAGCAGAAGCUCGAGGACCCCGGAGUGCCCUGGCUCUCCAAGCUGCGUCUCCUCACAGGCUGCGAGGCGCUGCUGGCGCAGGAGCGCCAGCGCUCCGGCGGCAGAGGUGCCGCGGGGCGAGGGCGGUUUCGCGACAGCGACGCCGCCGCCGCAGCCCGCGAGGACGCCAGCCCGCUGGCGCUCGGCGAGGUGCUCGCGGCGAACGCAGCGGAGGCCAUCAAAGCCUGCGCGGAUCUGCCGCAGCUGAAGCGCCCCGCGGCGCAGGUGCUGCGUCUCCUCGCCGCGGCGGACGGCGGCGGAGACUCUGAGGCGGGCGAAGCGAAGGACGACGGGCGCCGGCGCGCGACCACCACGUCAGGCAGCGAGGAGGCGGAGACCGAGCCCGACGCCGGCGUUGACUUGCUCGACUUGGGGGACGAGGCCCCCCACGCGCGCGCGCCAGAAAACGGGGCUUUCCAGCGAGAAGAAGACCUCCUCGACCUGGGGAGUUGGGCUCCAGACAGCUCCGCGGGCGCCGCGCCUGAAACGCAGACCGACGGGGCGAACGCGUCGGCGUCGGCCGCGUCCCUGCCUCAGCUCAGUCAGGAUCUGCUCGACGUGCUUUCGGGCGAUUUGGCCUCGCUCUCUGUCUCUGCGCAGCCGCAAAGCGCCCCUAGCGCGUCCGCCUCCUCUUCUGCGUCGUCGUUUUUCUCAGGCUUGGUGGUGAAGGACAGACAGUGGAAAGAGCGGGAGUCCACUGUCGGCGCGAGUGCGACCGAAGGCUCGCUGCUUUCUCCGGCGUAUGCGUUGUCAGUCUCUGCGAAAAAGGACGUCUCCGCCGCUGCACCCGCGCCCCCCAGUCAGGACGUCCUCCAGCUCGACAGUCUCCUAUCUCCCUCGGGCGACGCCGGCCAGGCGUCGCGGGGCGUCCUUCCCUUUCCGCGCCCCACUGACGCUCUCAAACCGCCGCCUGAGGCGACUGGCAAGUCGCCUCUGCCGCUGAGUGCCCUGGCAGCGCGGCAGGCUUCAGCCAGCGCCGCGUCUGCGCUGCUCGCUCCGGCGCAGUCGCGGACGGCGCAUCUGGAUUCAGUUUUCAACUCGGCCGGCGCGAUGCAGCUCGGCGCUGCGCAGAGCGGACUGACGGGCUACGCGGCGCUUUUCCCCCACAGUCAGGGCGGCGCUGCGCCUGCGUGUGCGGGGAGCAGCAGCGUCAGUCUCCUGGGGUCGCCGUUGGUUUCCCCGACGUCGUUUUCGAAGAAUGCCAACGCGCUCGGUGGCGGCGCGGCGUCGGCUUUCUCGCUGGGGACGGCCGCGGCACCCGCGCGCGAAGCGGCAGAGAGAGUCGAGAGGAACGACGUGUCGUUCGCGCUCCCCUCGCAGCUGGGCGCCGACGCCAGCUCGCCGUCCUCCCGCCGCAGCCCUGCGACGGUGCACGGGUCCAGCGCCGGCAGCCGCGCCGCGCCCGGCGCCAAGCAGGACGAAGCGCGAACAAAAUUCGCAUUCGUGACCUCGUAG